GACGGACCGGCGCAAAGCCGUCCAGUAACUUCAGACUCCUCUCAUCCAUGGUCACCGUCGGCGACCUUACGAUUCUUUGAGGACGCCGAUAUCGAGAAUGGACUUCAUGAUCCUGAGAUAGCAAGUGAUACCCGUAACGAGACGAUGUCGGAGACACCACCAGACGAUGAUAGACCUGCCACUCCGCCGUUGCCGAAUCCAUGGUCAACUUCAGCAACUCUGCCAGUCUCUCUGGAGCCCGAAGUCCAAGAGAAAGGCCCAUCUGUAGCUGCGAACGAAAAUCAUCGAACAGAAGAAAUCUCUCCGACACCAUGGUCAACAUCAGCAACGCUUCCUGUGUCUCCUGAGCCCGAGCUUGAAAAUCAUGGAGCGGAAGAGGAGAAAAAGAUACCAGAUCCUCCAAAGGUGGCGAAGAAGAAGGUUUUUAGUACGGCCGAGUACAAAGUUGCAUUCUCGCAUUUCUUCCGGAUCUUCUCAUAUUCAACGACAAAAGAUAGGUUCAUGCUGGCUGGUGCAAUAUUCUGCUCGAUAUGUACGGGUGUAACACUUCCUCUGAUGAACGUGGUAUUUGGUCAGCUUGUCGGCGCCUUUGGAGCACAUUACAACCCAUGGUCCGGCGAGACAACAGCUAUGUUCACGCAUACGAUCAACAAAAAUGUACUUUACAUGGUGUAUCUCUUCAUUGGCAGACUGUUUCUUGACUACGUCGCAAUUGUAAGUUUGUACAUCUCAGAUGAAGUUUUCUCAUCGAUCAGGAUGGUCGCUGCUUGUGGUGCUGAGGGAAAGAUGGCUAAGCGAUACGCGAGCUGGGUCGAUGAGUCGAAGCGAAGAGGCCUCAUGAUGUCUCCUUGGGUUGCGAUGCAACAAGCUCCUGUGUUCUUUGCCAUUCAUGCUGUUUUAAUGUCCAUUAUGACCAUCACAAUGUCGAUCGGUAGCAUUGCUACACCAAUUUCCGCGGCUGCUCGCUCAGCUAGCUCAGCUAGUAUAUUUUUCACAAUCAUUGACCAUCCACUUCCGAAAUUCGGGAACCUCAAGCCCCCUGAGGCAACUGCAUCAGAAGAUAUCGUCCUUGAGAAUGUCAACUUUGCAUAUCCGAUCCGACCCGAUGUCAAAGUUCUUGAUGAUGUGACUCUACGCUUUCCAGCAGGCAAAAUGACUGCUAUUGUCGGCCCUUCUGGUUCUGGAAAGAGUACGAUCGUAGGACUUAUCGAGCGAUGGUACGAGCUUGAUGGAGACCUGGCUGAGAAUAUCCUGACUCUUUUCUUCCGAACUGGCACCAUCACUACAGCCGGAACUCAACUACAUAAAAUCGAUCUUAAAUGGUGGAGAUCUCAGAUUGGUCUCGUGCAGCAAGAGCCGUUCUUGUUCAAUGACACUAUAUUCAAGAACGUAGAAUAUGGCCUCAUCGGCACCGAAUGGGAACACGAGACCGAGGAAAAGAAACGAGAGCUUGUGGAGUACGCUUGUAAGGAAGCUUUUGCAGAUGAAUUUAUUACUCGUCUCCCAGAUGGAUACGACACCCAAUGCGGAGAUGCAGGAAUCAAGCUCAGCGGUGGCCAACGCCAGAGACUAGCAAUUGCAAGAAGUAUCGUUAAACAGCCCAAGAUCUUGAUCCUCGAUGAGGCUACCAGUGCCAUCGAUGUUCGGGGCGAGAAAAUCGUGCAAGCAGCUCUCGAUAAAGUGUCGAAGAACAGAACCACCAUCAUGAUCGCCCAUCGCUUAUCCACGAUCAUGAAAGCUGAUAAUAUCGUGGUGUUGAAGAAAGGCAAAGUCGUCCAGCAAGGAACUCAUACCGAGCUAUUAGCUGAUCGUGAGGGAGCUUAUUAUGCUCUUGCUAACGCGCAACAUCUUUCUUUGGGUGUGGAAGAAAAGAAAGAUAUGGAGUGGAUCAAUUUCGAUACCGAACAUAGGAAAAUACUAGUGCUAGAUAAGUUUAGCGUGGAGCUUGAGGCAUAUAACAAGCUGUUUGAAGAACCUGAAUAUGAGAAGAGAGGCUUCUUUGGAAGCUUCGGCUCUUUGUUGCUGGAACAAAAGUCACAUUGGCCUUGGUAUCUGUUGAUGCUGUUAGCGAGUUUCGGGGCAGGAGCUGCAUUUCCACUCCAAUCAUUCUUAUUUGCAAAGUUAAUAUCAGUCUUCAGCUUCUGGGGCUGGUAUCUUAAACAGCAGACUGAUUGGUGGUGCUUGAUGUUCACCGUCCUGGCAGCGGGCGUGGGGGUCAGUUAUUUUGUGCUAGGAUGGUCUUCGAAUACUGUAUCAUAUCACAUCACCUCGGCCUAUCGAAAAGAGUAUUUUGAAAACGUUCUUCACAAACCGGUCGCUUAUUACGACGAAGAAGAGAACUCCAUCGGUAGUCUCACAGGCCGUAUGGCCAAUGAUCCCACACAACUUCAACAGCUACUCGGCAUCAAUAUGGCAUUCGUCUUCAUCUCAAUCUUUAAUGUCGUGGGCUGCAUUGCCAUGUCGUUUUACUUUGGUUGGAAGCUCACGCUCGUGACCGUCUGCUCGUCAAUGCCCAUCAUUCUCGCGGCAGGCUUCUUUCGAAUCCGUUACGAGACCCAAUUCGAGAAGAUGAACUUCGAAGUCUUUGCAGAGAGCGCAAAGUUCGCCACUGAAUCAAUUGGUGCCAUCAGAACUGUGACGGCGCUCACACUUGAAGAUGAGAUUUGCGGCAGAUACGAGAAGUUACUUCAGACUCAUAUCAAAGAAGCCUUCCAUAAAGCCAGGUUCUCUACACUGGUGUUUGCGAUGAGCGAUAGUAUUGCUUUACUGUGCAUGGCGUUCGUGCUGUGGUAUGGAGGGAGACUUCUUGCUACCUACGAGUACUGGCCUUUCCAAUACCUGGUCAUAUAUUUAGCAGUUGUGCAAGGCAGCAUAAGUGCUGGUCAAUGGCUGAGUUUUGGCCCAAACAUUGCACAAGCAUCAGCAGCAGCAAAUAGGAUUAGAAGUAUGAGACAAAGAGGCGACAAAGAAGAAGACAAGAUGCCACUGGAAUUCGACGAAACCGAAGACGAAGAGAAACACUCAACGACUCGGGGAGUUAAACUCGAGCUUCGGAACGUCUUCUUCAAAUAUCCUACUCGUGAUGUCCCAGUCCUACAAGGCUUGAACAUGACGAUCGAGAAAGGUCAAUUCGCAGCUUUAGUCGGCCCUUCCGGCUCUGGAAAGACCAGCAUCAUCUCUCUACUUGAGAGGUUCUAUCGUUGCCAGACUGGAAGAAUUAUGUAUAACGGUACUGAUAUCAAUGAUCUGAAUCUGGUAGACUAUCGAAAGUCAAUUUCUCUUGUCGCACAGGAAGCUUCAAUCUUCGAAGGCUCCAUUCGGGAUAACAUCCUUCUUGGUGUCGAUGAACAUACCACACCAGACGAGGUUCUUCGACAAGCAUGUCGUGAUGCCGAGAUACACGACUUCAUUUCAUCCUUACCAGAAGGCUAUGACACAGAAGUUGGAACGAAAGGUGUCGCGCUCUCAGGUGGCCAGAAGCAACGACUCGCCAUUGCACGCGCACUCAUCAGAAAUCCAAGAGUCUUGCUCCUCGAUGAAGCAACGUCGAAUCUUGACUCUGAAACCGAAAAAUCCGUUCAAGCUGUCUUUGAGAAGACGGGUCGAGGUCGGACUAUGGUGGUUGUUGCUCACAGACUUGCUACUGUCCAGAAUGCUGAUGUCAUUUUCGUGAUUGGGGAUGGGAGGGUGGUUGAGAAAGGGACUCAUGCUGCGUUGUUGAGAAGCAGGGGUUUGUAUUAUCAGAUGUGCCAAUCACAAGCUCUUGACAGAUGA